AAGGAGACAAGUGAGGCUGUUGUCCUACAACCUUCUGGGGACAAAGACAAGGUUACUCACUGCUCAAAAGGAAGCUUUGGGUGAGGUCUCUCACCUGCCACUCUUGUGCCCUGCCACGCUGGGCUAACAAAACAUCGAAGGCCAGCCAAGCUGCACAUGCCAAAAGAAGACAGACAUGGCAAUGGACCAAACUGAACAUGACCUAAAUGCUACCACCCACCUCAACUUUGCUUCAAUGUACAACAUCCAUGAUGGGGAUUUCACCUCUUUGAGAAACUUCUCUUUCCCUUUCAAUUUAACUUACAGUGAUUAUGACCUGCCACUGGACAGUGAAGAUGACAUGACCAAAACCCGCACCUUCUUCACAGCCAAGAUUGUGAUCGGGGUUGCCCUGGUUGGCAUCAUGCUGGUCUGUGGCAUUGGCAACUUCAUCUUCAUUGCUGCUCUCGCCCGCUACAAGAAGCUGCGAAACCUCACCAACCUGCUGAUUGCCAACCUGGCCAUCUCAGACUUCAUCGUGGCUAUCGUGUGCUGCCCCUUUGAGAUGGACUACUACGUGGUGCAGCAGCUGUCCUGGGAGCACGGCCAUGUCCUCUGUGCCUCGGUCAACUACCUACGAACUGUCUCCCUCUAUGUUUCGACCAAUGCUCUCCUGGCUAUAGCUGUUGACAGGUAUUUGGCCAUUGUUCACCCACUGAAACCCCGCAUGAAUUAUCAAACAGCAACCUUCCUCAUUGCCUUGGUCUGGGUCAUCUCCAUACUUGUAGCUAUUCCAUCUGCAUACUUUGCUACUGAAACCGUGUUGUUUAUAGUGAAAAACCAGAAGAAAUUUUUCUGUGGCCAAAUUUGGCCAGUUGACCAGCAGAUGUACUAUAAAUCAUACUUUCUCUUCAUCUUUGGCAUUGAAUUUGUAGCACCUGUGAUUACAAUGACCUUGUGUUACGCCAGGAUCUCUCAGGAGCUUUGGUUUAAAACUGUCCCAGGAUUUCAGACGAAACAAAUCAGAAAGAAGCUUCAGUGCAGAAGGAAAACUGUAAUGGUACUAAUGUGCAUUCUGAUUGCCUAUGUUCUCUGCUGGGCACCUUUUUAUGGUUUCACAAUUGUCCGGGACUUCUUCCCCACCCUCUUGGUGAAAGAGAAGCAUUAUCUUACUGCCUUUUACAUAGUCAGGUGCAUCGCCAUGAGUAACAGCAUGAUAAACACCAUGUGCUUCGUAACGGUGAAAAACAACACCAUGAAGUACUUCAAGAAGAUCAUGCUGCUCAGAUGGAGGUCAACGUAUAAGGGAAGCAAAUCUAGCACAGAUUUGGACCUGAGAACAAGUGCAAUGCCAGUCACAGAGGAAGUAGACUGCAUAAAACUACAAUAAAUUUUCUGAUUUUCUAAUCUCACCUUUUUUGGAGAGGGGAUAUAGGAAAUAAUACCUUCUCAGAAGCUUCUUCCUUGUCUGUAGGAAUACCCACCACUGGUGAGAGCCCUCAAAAAAGCAGCCUACUUUUCAUUCCCACCAGAACUCUUCUCACUGGACUGCUGGAUAAUCC